AUGGAUUUAAAACCUUUUCCAUCAUAUUCAAGUCAUUCACAAACAGGCACAGAUACUAUCAAUAAAGAUAGUGAAGAUGUGGUUUCUUUGACCAAUGUUUCUAUUAUCUCCAGAUCUAGAACAAGCUCGUAUACAGCUACAAAUGAACCAGUAAAAGAUCACAGAAGAAGACGUUCUUCCUCUAUAAUAUCCCACGUCGAACAAGAGACUCAAGAAGAUGAAAAUGAUCAGCAGGUGUUGCCUAACAUGAAUGCGUCCUGGGUAUCUCAACGAGGUGCAUGGCUGAUCCAUGUCGUUAUCAUUGUCUUAUUGAAACUUUUUUAUAAUAUUUUACCUGGUCUAAGUUCAAGCACUAAUUGGUCCUGGACCCUAACUAAUCUGACCUACAACUGUGGUUGCUAUAUAAUGUUUCAUAUGAUUAAAGGUACUCCUUUCGAAUUUAACGGAGGUGCAUUCGAUAAUUUGACUAUGUGGGAACAGAUAGAUAACGAAACUUUAUACACACCUUCAAGAAAAUUCAUUAUAUCCGUACCUAUUUUCUUAUUUUUUGUCAUCACUCAUUACACUAAAUUGGAUUACAAAAUGUUUAUCUUCAAUUUUUUGAUCACUUUCAUUAUCGGUAUUAUUCCUAAAUUACCAUCCACUCAUAGACUAAGAAUUUCAAUUCCAAUAAUUACAGGUCCGCAACAAAUUAGUUAA